GGGCUCCCCGAGCUGGCUCUCUACGAGAUCCUGUUGAUGAAGGACCCCGACCACAGUCAGCACGAGGAGGAGAAGAUCAGCUCCUCCAGCCUCCGGCAGAGACUGCUGGGGACGCUGCUGCAGCCCCCACGGCAAGACCCUGCCUUGCCUUCACGCCCGUAUGUGAUCGGCUUGACUGGAGGAACCGGGAGUGGGAAAACCUCCAUUGCCAAACUCCUGGGGCACCUGGGAGCGUUCCUCAUCGACGCGGACAAGCUGGGCCAUGCUGUCUAUGUCCCCGGUGGCCCUGCCUACGAGCGGGUGGUGGCGGCUUUUGGGGCAGAAAUCUUGAACGAAGAUGGGACGAUUAACAGGAAAGUCCUUGGGGCCAAAGUGUUUGGAAACCAGGAGCGGCUGAAGAGUCUUACGGACAUUGUGUGGCCUGAAAUGGCCCAGAUGGUCAAGGAGCAGAUCAGGGAGGCAGAUGCUCAAGGAAAGGCCGUGUGCGUGCUGGAUGCUGCCGUACUGCUGGAGGCUGGCUGGCAAGACAUGGUCCAUGAGGUGUGGACGGCCAUCAUUCCAGAGGAGGAGGCUGUGAAGCGCGUCAUGGCCAGGGACGGGCUGAGCGAGGAGGCUGCUCGCAGCCGGCUGCAGAGCCAGAUGACCAACAGCCAAAGGGUGGAGCAGUCGCAGGUGGUGCUGUGCACGCUCUGGGAGACGGACGUCACCCGCAAGCAGGUGGAGAAAGCCUGGGACCUCCUGCAGCAGC